GCGAGCUCGGUCCCUUAAAACCAGCAGCGCUCCCUUUGUUUACAGCAGUAAAGUGGAGGCUGUUGCUUCCUACGUCGACGGGAUCGAACAGCUACACGGCUCGCUUCUUACCUCUGUGUCGGAUAUCCCCGAACACGCAGUCAUGGUGGCUAUGGCGAAGAGAGUGAAAUGCUUCCAAAUUAUCUUUUCGGACCCGAGCAAGACUUUUUACUGCGGCGGGGAGAAGAUGUCUGGCCGCAUAGAAGUGGAAGUGAACGAGGUGACGCGUGUGUCCGCUCUCAGGGUUCUGGGUCUGGGCUGCGCCAAGGUGGAGUACGCUAAGGGCAAGCAGCGGUGCCGACAGGAGGCCGAGUAUCUUCGAUAUGAAGAGGUACUGCUCCUGGACGACCACCCCACAGACUCUGAUGGAUCAGUCGUCUUGAGGCCCGGCAACAAAUAUCAGUACAUGUUUGGAUUUGAGCUCCCCCAGCAAGGGCAGCUUGUGUCGUCAUACAAGGGGAAGUUUGGUUUUGUCCAGUACUAUGUGAAGGCCCUGAUGGAGAGGCCACACCAGCCCACUCUGGAGUGUAAGAAGUCCUUUGAGGUGGAAGAGCCCCUGGACGUCAAUACCCCAGACCUGCUGGUGAGUUCACUGACACCGCGAUUAUAUCGUUACGAUAAAGAGUCUCCACAUGAGGUCGAGUCUCACCUUUCUGUGUCUCCUCAGACUCCCACAGGUGGCGUGAAGGAGAAGAAAGUCACUUGCAUGUUCAUCCCUGAUGGCCAGGUGUCACUGAAUGUAAAAAUUGACCGCCGCGGCUUCUGUGAAGGUGAAGACAUCUGCAUCAAUGCCAAGUUUGAGAACACGUGCUCCCGCAUUGUGGUGCCCAAGGCCGCCAUCAUCGCCAAACACACCUACCAGGCCAACGGCCGCACCAAGGUCUUCCGCCAGAAGCUGUCUUCGGUGCGGGGCAACCACAUCAUCUCCGGCAUGUGUGACGCCUGGCAGGGAAAGACCAUCAGGGUCCCAAAGAUAAAACCAUCUAUGCUGGGCUGCAACAUAAUCCGCGUGGAAUAUGCUCUCAUGAUUUACAUCCACAUCCCUGGUAGUGAGAAGCUGAUCCUGGAGCUGCCUCUGGUCAUUGGUACUACUGGUCUGGGCAGCCGCAGCAACAGUGUGAGCAGCCAGGACAGCAACGCGUCCCAGAGCUGGGUGUCCCUCAGGAUGCCCUCUGAGCCUCCCAGCUACUCAGACAUCACCCGCGACUGCCGCCUGGACCAGCCCCUCACGCCGCUCCUGGAUGACUUCGACGGUGACGACAGCCCCAUCUUCAUGAACACCCCAGCCUUCCAGUACCCACCACUUCCGGCAUACACAGAGGCAGAGGAGGAGUACAAUGGCAACGCUCGCAUGUUGCCGGUCUGCUGAAGUUCAGCAGGGACUCAGAACUAUGGUCCAGCUCUCAGGGACCGUUUAUCUUAAGCACUUAAAAAGGAGCAGAAGGUCCAAACUCCACAGGAGUUGUGAUGGAUGGAGAAGUAAAGCCAGGACUCUGGAAAGAGGCUCGCCUGCCCUGUCAGCCGUCUUGACCCCAGCGCUUCAUCACCUACGCUGAUCUUGGAUCUUCCGCCUGGUGCUCUUCAGGUUGGGGACCUGGAGGUCCUGCCACAUAGGCUGUGGUGCGCUACAUUUCUGAACAAGCUGUCCCUUUUUCAAAUACUCAAAACUUUCAGGGUUUCACUUCCCAGCCACUUUAUGACUUUGUCUCGGGGGCCAAGCAUUGUGUCAACCCCCCAGCCUGCUGCGACAUCUUUGCAUUUUGUGGGUUUGUCUUUUCCUCAUGAUGCGUUGACAUUCCUGUCAACAACUGUAUUUUUAAGGGAUUUCACUCCACUCAAAGGGGUUUCAAUCAACCGUUUUUUAAAAAGUCGAGUCAGUUUGUGUCGUUGUAAAGAAUUUGUCAGGAAUAUUGUAGCCUUUGAGAAUACAGCAUGUUAAAUAAUCUUCCUUGGCUGCUAAUAGAACUUAAUGCAGCAUUUAUAUUUUCUUAUGUACCGGUGUUUGAAAAAAAAGUUUCUUAUUCCUGUAUUUUAUGCACUUUUUGAUUGAUACAUUUUGCUCUUCUACUGCCUACAAGACUUCCAUGUUUUUUUUGUUUGAUCAAUGUUUGUGAUGUGGAGAGUGGAUUUUCUGUUGGUAAAACUAAACUUUUUGGAACCUCACCCUGAUCUCCAAAUCCCAGCUUGGGGGUUGGCUGAAAAGUGCCAACCAUGAUCCAUACAACAUGCAUGCUCCAACAUUGUGGGAGGCACCUUAAGUGAGCAUAACCAUUGGAUCUUAUAAACAGUUGUCCAACACAACAAUAAACCACGAGAUCUCCACUCGGGUGGUUUCCCAACUCCACUGUUAAAGACUGAUUAUGAGAAAGUAUGUUUGCAAAGGAUUCUUGAUACUUAUAAGGAGUAUUUUUUUUUGUAUAAAACCCUAUGGGUUUGUUUUUUAUUAAAGACAUUUUGAAAAAUA